UAGGGCACGAAACCGAGGCGUCGUAGCUUAUACACGAGUGCACUCAAAUGCCCUAAACGGAGCCAUUUUGGAUUCAGCCACGAUUUACUUCCGCCUGCGCAGUGAGAAACGAACCUGCAGUAAAACUAGCUACGUUGAGACGGUCGCCUAGCUGGUAUUGUAUUUGUGCGGAGGUUUAUUGACUAAAACAGAUGGUUAUUUUAUACUUUAUUUAAACCUAGACGUGAAUAACAAAGUUUAGCUGUAUGUAGAUGUGAACGUGUUUAGCUGAAGGUUGUUUUUGUCAGGGGUUUUCGGCUUGUUAGCUAGCUUUGUUAGCUUGUUAGCUUUGUUAGCUAGUUAGCUAACUUAGCAUAACGGGGGGGGAAGAAAGGCUAACAAGGCGAAGGGAAGCUAAUCGUGCACGUUUGGUAAACUUAGUGUUUUCCGUUUGGCCGGAUGUUUCAUAACAGACACAGACAUCUAAUUUUUGAAGUAAGAUAACGUGUUCGGCUCAAAGCGUUCACAGGUUUCACACACGUUCCAUUCAUCCGCUGCGAAUUCAAAAUGUCGGAGUUUGACGAAUUUGAGAGACAACUGACCGAAAACAAACAAGGUGACGGCGUUAACGGCCAUGAGCGGGACAAAGAGAAUAGGCACAGGCGCCGGAGUGGCUCACGCAGCCGCAGCCGUGAGAGGAAGAGGAGGAGCAGGGAGAGGAGGAGCAGGGAGCGACGCAGCAGCAGCAAAGACCGCAGGCAUAGGCGCAGUCGUUCUCCACCGAGAGAGAAGAAGAAGAAAAUUAAAAAGUACUGGGACGUCCCUCCUCCUGGAUUUGAGCACAUCACACCAAUGCAGUACAAGGCCAUGCAGGCUGCGGGUCAGAUUCCUGCCACAGCACUGCUGCCCACUAUGACUCCAGAUGGACUGGCUGUUACACCCACUCCAGUGCCUGUAGUGGGUAGCCAGAUGACCCGUCAGGCUCGAAGGCUUUACGUGGGCAACAUCCCGUUUGGCAUCACAGAGGAGUCAAUGAUGGACUUCUUCAACGCUCAGAUGAGACUAGGGGGUCUUAUUCAGGCUCCAGGAAAUCCUGUCCUUGCUGUCCAGAUCAACCAGGAUAAGAACUUUGCCUUCCUUGAGUUGCGCUCAGUGGAUGAAACCACACAAGCCAUGGCAUUUGAUGGCAUCAUAUUCCAAGGCCAAAGUCUGAAGAUCCGCCGGCCACACGAUUACCAGCCAUUGCCAGGCAUGAGCGAGAAUCCCAGCGUGUAUGUGCCAGGUGGGUUUACUGGACAAACACAGCAUGCAUCUUGGACAUUAGCUUCUUGUGGAGCACCGAGCGUGGUGUCUACUGUUGUCCCUGACUCUGCUCAUAAGCUUUUUAUUGGAGGUCUGCCCAACUAUCUGAGUGAUGACCAGGUUAAAGAGUUGUUGACCUCCUUUGGGCCUUUAAAGGCAUUCAACCUAGUGAAGGACAGUGCCACAGGACUCUCCAAAGGCUAUGCCUUCUGCGAAUACGUUGAUGUCAAUCUUAAUGAUCAGGCUAUUGCAGGACUAAAUGGGAUGCAGUUAGGGGAUAAGAAGCUCUUGGUCCAGAGAGCAAGUGUAGGAGCCAAGAAUGCAACUCUGACGAGCAUAAACGAGACCCCGGUGACGCUGCAGGUCCCAGGCUUGAUGAACAGCUCUAUGAAUCAGAUGGGUGGAAUUCCCACUGAGGUUCUGUGCCUGAUGAACAUGGUGGCUCCAGAGGAACUUCUGGACGACGAUGAGUAUGAGGAGAUAGUGGAGGAUGUCAGGGAUGAGUGCUCCAAAUAUGGUCAGGUCAAAAGCAUCGAGAUCCCUCGCCCUGUUGAUGGCCUCGAAAUACCCGGAACUGGAAAGAUCUUCGUGGAGUUCACAACGGUCUUUGACUCCCAGAAAGCCAUGCAAGCCUUGACGGGGAGGAAGUUUGCCAAUCGAGUGGUUGUGACCAAAUACUGCGACCCUGAUGCCUACCACCGCCGAGAUUUUGGCUAGAUCAGGAUGCACAGGAACGGAGCCUCAAGAAGAGGAGAUCGUGGUGCAGAAGAAACCAGAUGAAAGGCUGUAUUAUGAUAAUGAGUGAAUGGAGGGAUGGAAAAGGGGGGGUCUUUUCUUGUAGUGCAAGGUGGCAUUUCAUGUUUUGUUUUUUGUUGUCUUUUUUUUUUUUUUUUUUUUUUAAGCAAAAUUAGCUUUGGCACAAUGAUUUUGCGUUUUAAUAAAGCAGGGAGUAUUAAUUGAGUUUAUUAAAUUGUUUCAUGGUUUAUUGAACAAAAUUAAGAGUUUGGGGGGUUACAGUACAUAAUGCUUCUAAAACCACAGAAUAUUGUCAUUGGCAUGAGUGAAGGAAAUAAAUGACUUCCUUUCACUUCACGUUGAUCCCUCGAUCGUCAUACAAUUUUGCUGUUGGUGACCUAACCACCUUGAUCCUACUACACUCAAUUUUUCAGUCUUUUUAUCUCUGAAAUAGUUUAGUUCAACUGUGUGUUAGUUUAUAUCCAGCUCUCUGUCCUGUUUCCAGUACACAUGACUGCCUCUUAUACUGGUAAUGUAACUUCAAGUCUAGCAUGGCACCUUUGUGUCUCUGUGUGAUCAUAACCCUCUUUUGAUAAUAAACUUAGUGAGAAUUUGAAA